CCACAUUUUUAGUUUCUCUAUGACCAAAACACAAACACCCGUCAACUGUCAAAAACUGUAAACAAUUUAGCACGAAAUUAAGAAUUGUUAAAUCGUUUUUCACACCAAACAAGUCGUUAACACCUCGCAUAAUCGAUAAAAUCAUGGAAACGAAAUCUGCAGCCUCAUUCUGGUGGUUAAAGAGCCCCAACAUCACGAAAGAAGAAAACGCCAAUAACCUCACCAUCCCCAAACUCGACUUGGAAAUAUCAAAUUCCUUGGCCGAAUUUCUCGAAAGGGAACACAACGUCCUCAACAGCAACCACGAAGAUCGAACGGACGUGGACGUGGGGAGCAUAAUCGAAGAAAUCAACAGAGUUGCAGCACAGAGCCCUUUGGGCCCUUACGAACAUUCCAAAGAAGAACGCAGCAUUGACGAUAUUAUGAGGGAAGCGGAGAAGAUUUACAUUGAGAGUUCGAAAAGUUUCGAACAGUUGAGUCAACGGUCGAAAACUUCGCAAAAUAUCACGGAGUUGAACUCAGAUGGGAGCAAAAACUCCACACCCACACCUAAGAGCGUAAGCCCCCUUCCGAAUGACGAUAGUGAGAGUGAGACGUAUAGUGAGGACUUCAGUGAGGAGAGUAAAGUGCAGUCGGUUCCGUCCCCAAUUAUUGAAAUGAAAGAAAAGGAAAAGAAUGAAGAAAUUGGUCCAAAACAGGAGGAGGAAGAAAUUCAAAUAAAGGAAGACUUGAUAAAGACGCUGCAGGAAGACAACAAACAACUGAGAGAAGACAUCCGGCUUGUUAGGGCUGAACUGCAAAAAACCAGCAGCCUUCUCGACCAAACCAAGGCAGCUCUCAGCGCUAAAUCGUUAUGUUCGCCCGAAAUAAACCUUGAACUCGAGAAAACCCUCGAAGAAUUGAAAGAUUCGAAAGAGGUGAACACAGCCUUACAGUUACAACUAGACACCAUUAAUAAAACCCACUGCCUUUUGAAAAAAUCAUACGAAGAUUUGCUCGCCUCAAACAAAAAUCUCGAACGUAAGGUUGCCGAAUUCGACACGAGUUUAGCCAAAUAUAAAACGGAAGUCGUCAAUUUACAAAGCGAGAAGGACAAACUGUUGGAAAACGAAAACAAUUUAAACAAACUACUAGAAAUUGAAAAAUUGCAAUCGAAGAGUUUGAAAUUGCAAAACGAGAAAGACGCGAAAUGUAUCCAAGAUCUGAACCGGCAAAUCAAAGAGAUGGAGAGGAUUAUCGCAAGGAAACACCCGGAUUCGGUUUCAGCCUUAAUAGUAGCCGCUAAAAACGACGCCACUGAAUCCAAUCUAACGGCAAGGAAAAUCCUAGAAGACCGAAUUAAAAUCCUAGAAGAGGAAGCUUCGAAUCGCGACACGCAAUCAUCGCGAAUUUUCCUCGACAUUCAAGAGAAAUUCAACCAAAUGAAGCUGAAAUACGAGAGUCACAUUGAAGAUCUCGAACUGCACGUCAACGAUCUCAAAAACCAGCUGAAACGACGAAACGACACCUUCGACGUUUACACUCAAACCAUUAACGAUGAAACGAAAAUUCCGCAAAAGGAUACUCACACGAUUUCGACCCAAACUGAGCAAAAAUCGAUUAAACGUGCCGAAGUUAAAGAAGAUGCACAUUUGGUGGCGACAAUCAGAGGCUUGCAGACAGAUUUGAGCAAUAAGGAGAAAGUUGUGGCAAAGUUGCAGCGAGAAUUGGACGAGUUGCGCAAAACCAAUCGCAAGUUGCAAAAGGAACGCGAAGGGAGUUUGAGGAGUUUAAAUGAUCGGAAGGAGUUUAGGAGUUAUCCGGAGAAGUUGUCGUCGCAGGUCAAAACGCCAGUCGAUGAGGAGGAAAUGAAGUUUUUGAGGGCUGAGAGGGAUAAAAUGAAGCAGCAGUUGUGCCGCAUUGAGGAGGAUUAUCAGGCUUUGAAGACGAAGCGGUUGCAUGAUUUGAGUGCUUUGCAAGAAGCACACGAACGUGAAAUCGCCACUUACGUCUCGAAUGUGACUCCGCUACGAGAGCAGCUUGAGUUGCAGCAAGUUUCGCUUUCAACAUUGCAGAGUCAAUUAAGUAAAGCCAAGGAAGAGUUGAUGAUAAUUACAGUUGAAAGAGAUCACCUCAACGAUGAGUUGCGACAAAUGGCGGAUAAAUGGCGGCCAGGGGACACCCCCGAAGUUGAAGCUUUGCAAAAAAAGAUUGCAUUUUUAGAGAAACGUUACGAGGAGCGCGAGUUUCGCUUAAGAGCGAUUGUUCACGGCUUAGCACAAAAGAACGUCACUAACCGAAGUUGUGAACAAUGUGCCGAAAGGCAAAAACAACUAAUCGGAUAUAAGGUUGAACUAGACCAGCUUUUAGCGACGCUCCGAGCGCUUAAGGUGCCACGUACUUCCAUUUAUUUUUUUAUUUACUUGCUUCCAGUUGUUAUGCCAAAAGAAUAAAACGAUUGAAUUUUC